AUGGAAUACGAGCUAAUAACUAUGUUGCUACUUCCUCUUCUGUUCUGCAUCAGCGCAGUUGCCGUCUUCCGACGUCGUGCUUGGGCUUUGGCCGUCCACGACGGUCAACAGCCGAUCAUCGAGAUCCGCGACCCUACCAUCGCCCGCCAGGCGCUCAUCGACCACGCCUAUGCCUUCUGCAAUCGACCGCUGAACAUAUUCCCCGUGGCCCUGGUCAGCGGGUGCCGCCGCAGUCAUAGUGACAACCUCACCUCUGUGCCCUACGGCCCGCGUUGGCGCGCUCUCCGGUGCACCCUCAACGCCGCGGUCCUCCACCCGUCACGUCUUGGACACAUGGACCCGCUGCGCCUCGAGGCCAUGGAUGCCCACGUUGCUGACCUCCGCCUCCGGUGCGGCGGUGAUAUUGUCGUCCGAGACAUCCUCAACGCGGCCGUGUUUCCGCUAGUGGCUCGCACGUGCUUCGGUGGUGGCGUGGACGACGGACACGUUCGCGCCAUGUGUGGCCUGCUCAAGGCCUUUGUGCUGGCCGUUGAUGGCACCAAGGACUUUGCCGGCUCCAAGACGGCGAAGUUGCUGCACUGGAGACAGUGGCGCCGGUUCCUUGCCUUCCGAGGCAGGCAGGCUGAGCUUUUUCUCCCUCUGAUCAACGCACGACGGAACGCUAACCGUCAUCUCGGGCUCAGCGGUGGCCUGCCGACAUAUCUAGACCUGCUCCUCGACGUCCGCGUCCCCGUCGACGACGACGACACAGCCUGUGGGAAGACCUUUCGCCCUCUCACAGACGACGAGCUGGUGAGCCUUGUCUCGGAGUUCCUCGGUGCUGGGCCAGGGACUGUGGUGUCCAGCAUGGAGUGGACCCUCGCCCACAUCGUGCUCCAGCCAGAGGUCCAGAACAACAUCCGUCGCGAGGUGGACGCCGUGGAGGGCGCACUGUCCGAGGCACGCGUCCGGCAGAUGAAGUACAUGCGCGCCGUCGUGCUCGAGAGCCUUCGACUCCACCCGCCGAUUCCGUUCGCGCUGCGCGAUGUCCCCAAUCAGGCGGUCGCCGCAGUCGUGGGAUGCCCCGGCGCCGUGCCGGCAGAGGGGAUGCGGGCGCACUUCAACCUGGAGAGCAGUGGCGGCAAUGGGUGGCAUCAUCGGCGACGGGGAUGGGAAAGGGGGGAGCUCACUGGGGCGGGCGGCGACGGGGAGAGGAGGCCAGCGACGGGAAAGGAGGACGGCGGGCUUGGGGAUGCCGGCGACGGGGACGGCGUGCGCGGGGUGGCACGUGGUGACGGGGACGACAGGCUCGGGGUGGCACAUGGCGACGGGGACAGCCGCAGGCUCGGGGCGGCACACGGCGACGGCGACGAGGAGGCGGGGCUCGGGGUAGGGCGGAUGGCAGCGAGCUCGGGGCAGGGCGGCCGACGACGGGUAGGAGGGCGCGACGACGACGACAGCGACAGGGCGCGGCGACGGCGACGGCGAUGGGGCAGGGCGCAGUGA